AUGCGGUGGUAUCUGUUGGGGAUAUUUAUCCUCUGCCUUCAAUGGAGGCAGGUAUUUGCAGCUCCAGCGGAGUAUAGACGAGAUGCCAACAAUGUCGCACUAUUGGAUAUCAGAAAUGAGAUGAACGCGACAACGACCACGUCCGAUAACUCCAGUCAAACGACCGCGACCACGAUUACGACCAACACUGCAUCAACGACUACUGAAGCAACCUCCACAACACAUUCGGCAUCACAAACUACCCACGCCCAAUCGAGUCAAUCGGCCUCCACCACGUCCGUUCCAUCAUUAGUCACAUCGUUCGCAGGCUCAAAUGACCAAUCGACCACAAACUCCACAAAAAAUACCUAUACCGGUGGUUUGCCUAUUCAGCCGGAAAUCACACCAGCGUUGGGUGUGGGAGGCUUUCUACUUCUAGUAGCUGGUGCUGUGUUGACGUUUGUCGGCAUUCGAAAGCAACGAGUAUAUAUAUUUUUAUCAACCGGAUUGCUGGCCGCACUGGGUGUUACAGUCCUUAUCGAAUAUGUCAUGAGUCCCCCAGUGAGCGACGCAGUUCAAGGCGGAUACCUAGUCGCCGUCUUCUUCACGGGUGCUAUAUUUGGUGGUCUAGCUCUCAUUUUCAAGGAGAUCACCGAGGGUCUCGGCUGCUUGCUCGGUGGUUUCUGUAUCGGCAUGUGGUUCUUGACCGUGAAAGCCGGCGGUUUAGUCACAGGCGACGGAGCCAAAGUAGGAUUCAUCCUUGCGUUUACAGGAGCCUUCUAUUGUCUCUCGUUCAGCCAAUAUACGCGCUCUUAUGGGUCAAUGUUGUGCACGGCCUUUGGUGGCGCGACGGCGAUGGUUCUAGGUAUCGAUUGCUUUAGCCGAGCUGGACUGAAGGAGUUCUGGCUCUAUAUCUGGGGGCUGAAUGAUGAUACGUUCCCAUUGAACACCUAUACAUACCCCAUCACACGCAGCAUCCGUGUAGAGUUGGCCAUUAUAAUCAUUGUCACUGUUUUUGGUGUGAUGUUCCAGCUGAGGUUGUGGAAGGUGAUCAAGGAACGCCGUGCGAGAGAGGAGAGCGCCCGUGCGGAAGCUGAGAAGACCAAGGAGGAGGCCGAGGCUGAAAAUGGCCGUCAAGUCGAAGAGAAGAAUCUUAGGGAACGAGCGGAGUGGGAACAGAUGUACGGCAAUGGCGAGGCCAAAGAGGCAUCUUUGUCUGAAACCGCUGUUGCCGACGACUCGCGACGGAGCUCGGAUGCUUAUGGUUCCUCUGUUCGUGAAAAAGGGAAUUCGAUCGAGAUGACAGAGAUGGCUAGCCCGGAUCACUCCGCGCGAGUAUCUGACAGUGGAAAUCAUCUCGAGGCAGUGGAAGAGGUUGUGCCGGAGACUUUGGCCGAUGAACAGGAUGGUACUGCGGCUCCUGCCACCGAGGGACUUGACCUCCAACAAGGAAAACAACCCGAUGAAGCAGCAAGACCAACAACACCUGUUCCGACGAAUUUGCACAUCGAGACCAAUAUUCCACUUGAUAAUAGCUCUGAGCAUGGAGCUGUUCUGGGAUCCGAAGUUGGGACGCCACGCUCAAAGCGCUUUUCGAGCAAAUCAUUGAUGAAUCGGAUGUCAUGGAUGAGCGGACAUGCUAUGAAGCCACUUCCACAUAAUCAGUCGCAGGAGGCUCUGAUAGCCAAUGAUGCGACGUCUUCUGUUGCCGGAAUUAUUGAUGACAUUCAAAGCAUUACAUCUGAGAGGCCGAGCAUUGCGGAUACCGAGGUCACAAUCAUCAAGACACAAGAAAACCAAACUGCUGAACUUCCAUCUGAUAAUGUGGUUCCCGGGACGAAGUCAGAAUCCGAGGAAAGGAAUGUUCUGGACUCCAGCCCAGAAACCGUCCAAAUAACUGUCCAAGAAGUGAAGACUUUGGCUAUUGAUCAUCACGAAACUGUGAAAGAGCAUGCCGCUGCCGCUGAGAACGGAGAUAUCGAAGCCCCUGAACAGACGUCGACUACUCAAGUCAAGAGUGGCACCGAACAUGAAUCCGAGAAUUCAAUUGCUAUUGAGUACCAGGAGCAAACAACCGCGAUAGCCUCAGAGCCAGAAGCAAAGCCAGAAGCAAAGCCAGAAGCAAAGCCAGAAGCAAAGCCAGAAGCAAAGCCAGAAGCAAAGCCAGAAGCAAAGCCAGAAGCAAAGCCAGAAGCAAAGCCAGAAGCAAAACCAGAAGCAAAGCCAGAAGCAAAGCCAGAAGCGAAAUCUGGAGUGGAAGCGGCGUCGGUGAAAAAUGAUACGACCAAGGCUGAAAGUGCUCUUCAAGAAUUUAAGUCGGUAACUGAAGCCCAAACUGAAGAGAGGGUAGAGCAAGAAGCUGUCAAUCGCCAGGAGACUGUCCCUACUCGACCAUUAGUCCGACCAGUGGUCCCACCAAGGCCAGUCAAGAAGCCCAAAUUAGAUGCGUCGACUGUGCAGAAACUUCCAGAACAGACUUCAAGGGUUGUGAAUUCUUUCCGCACCAGAGAAUGGGCAAAACACCUUGCCUAUGCAGACGUUCCGGAUUCUGAGCCUAUCGAGUUCGAGAGCGAGGAGCCAGAGGAUCCCACCGUAUCGGAGGAAGUAGCAGCCCCGGUCGACAUACACAGUCUGCUACAGACACCUCAUAAUGCUCAACCACCUCCAGCUGCCAUGAGCUCAAUUUCAAGCCCAGAGCAGACUUCGCCGCUUGUAUCUCCAAUUAUCUCCCAACCGAAGACUACACAAAGCCCGCAACACCCAGUCCCUGCAAAGUCUCCACCCCUCUACCGGAACAUAUCUUCAGGCUCUCAAAGUACACCAGAACUCGACAUGCAUGUGAUUCGCAACAGCAAAUCAACUCCCUACCUGAGUAUCACCACUGCAAAUGCACCCCAAGAUACCACAGAGUCCCCUCGAUGGAGCGGACCUCCACCCCUCCUCGCCGUACGAGAAAAUAUGAUGAAAAACAGAAUGUCAUCAACAUCUCUCCGUUACGACCCAUGGGGUCCUCGAAGCCAAUCCCGUCAGUCUCUAGCUGAACCAACCCGUGUUGCCUCGCCAUCGCCCAUUCUGGAAGCAGACGAAACUAUCGAGAUCUCACCCCACAACGAAGACGAUAUCCCUCUUUCACAAAGACGUACCCUACUACAGCGCCAAACAAUGCGAUCUCCAUCUGGGAAUACCACACAAAGUGCCGAACAGCUGCGAUCACCCAUCUCUCCUACCACUCCAGUUGAUCCGGGCAAAUCGGAAGCUGCCAUGUCUGCAUGGCGUCAAUCUGUGCGGGAAGAUCUCUCACAGCGGCGGGAUCCUCUGGCUCUCAAAUCCCCACCCCUCGGAUCUACUAGCCCUGCUAGCCCUGACCGACCUCGGAAUGGCUGGGGAUCUGUCAAGCAGAUGCGUGACGCCUCGGCGAAUCACAUUAGUAAUGCCAUUGCUGAUGGGAUGCAAAAGGGAAAUAUGACGGAACUUCACCGUCAGGCUAUGCGGCGGAUGCAGGCUUCUGCCAACCGACAACUGUAG